GGAAUAUAUAAUUAUUAUAUUAACGUCAAGUUCUCGGUUUUUAGACGGUAAAGUGACCGUUAGAAUAAGAACAUAAUUUACCGGUAGAUUAACAAAUACAAUCGCAAAACCAAGGCAAAACGACACACCGAGCUUCCUCGUAAAUAUGUAUAUAUAACCUGAGAAAACGGAUGUAACAGGGCGUCGGUUACGGUAGGGUAGGAAUACACACGAGGAAGAAGGGUAAUGUUCGGAGUGUUAAUAAAAAUAGGAAUUCAUAAAAUUAAAGUAAAUUAUUAGAAAUAAUGGCGACGACGGGACAACUACGGAAUCCAAGACAAGAUGAUGUCAUCGAGUGUUUUUUAUAUCCGAAAUUUUGCUUCACUUCUAACCCCGAACAAAUAAGCGAAACUUUACUCACUGAUGAGAUCACUAAAUUCGUUCAGGUUAUUGACAAGUACACAAACGACUAUAUCUGGCACAGAGAUUCUCUUGUGUUUCGACCCAGGACCAAACAAGCAUUGUUGUUGGAUAAAGUUUUCGAAGGUUCAUCAAUCACCGAUGAUCGUUCGAUGGUGCCGCACAUACAUUCAAUACUACGCUUCGAUGAAGAUAUAGGAGAUGAAUGGUUCGUUGUAUUUUUAAUAUUCAAACUGACAGAAAAAUUUGAAGGUUUGGUGGCAAGAAUGGUCGACGGCGAUGGUGAAUUUCUUCUGAUAGAAGCUGCGGAUGUUUUGCCACCCUGGGCAAGUCCGGAAGCUUGCCAGGAUCGAGUUUUUGUCAGAAAUGGUGAGAUUCACGUUGCCCAUGAUAGAGUGACAAGAGGCAAAACAUUGACGGAUUUAUUGAGAAGCGUUACCGACAAGCCUCACAUAUCCGUAUUAUCAGACAAAGUUCAAGCUGCUUUAAAAAAACGUAUUUCUGUCUAUCCGGCUGAAAUACAGAAGAGGAGACACAAAGCACGUGCAUUUUUACCUGAAAAAGCUGCUUCCAUUCUUGCACAAGAACCAGGAUUAAUCGCUUGCGCCAUUAGAAGCAUUGUUAAUUCUGAUCCUCUGGAAAGAAAGGUUUGUCGAGCAAUGCGAUAUUUUCCACCGGAACAACGUACGAUGGUUAAUGUAAAAAUGACGCGAUGUCUAUACGCAAUGGCAACGCAUUGUCGUUAUACGGGAGAUCCACGAACCGGAUGGAAUUUUCCACCAACAAACAGUCCGAAAUACAAUGCCCACUUGUUGGGCAUAAAAAUAGCUUGUGGCCUGGAAAUGUUGGUAGCGAGAGCUAAUGAAGAACGGAGACGCAAAGGAGGAGAAGCAAACGGAGAUGAAAAACCGCGUACUAACGAGCAAGCUUGGACGACUUUUUCGCGACGUCUCGAGCUGAGCGGAUACUUCAGAGGUCUUCUCGAGGGUAGUCAAGAGAGGGAAAAACUUUUGUCACUUGCUAAGGAGUAUUUCGAGUCACAGCUUGGUUCUGUGAAAUAUAGGAAUGACGAUGAUGAGAGCGAAGCCGAGAGAAUUUUAAAAGCAUGGCAAAAUGUUCAGACCAAUGAUUUUGAAAUGCAUGCUCAGGACGAAGCCUCGUUAAGUCCUCCAGACAAUGAUAGUUGGUUGAACGUUGAUCCUACUCAAUUGGAAGCAAUGUUGGAACAGCACUGGAAUAUAGGAGACAAAAAAUCCGAGCCCAAUCAAUCUGUCACUCUCAGGGAAAAAGUUCAAGCUUUUUUGAACCAAUCGAGCGAUGUCGAUGGCGUGCACUUUCUUGGGGAACAAUCUUGCGACGACGAAGCGCGUCAUGAUCACGAGGACGGUGGUCGAAUAGAUUUCGAUACGGACGUAUUCGAUAGUACAUUGCGUGAUAUAUUGGACUUGGUGGUGCCAGGUGGCGAGGGAGAGUUCGACGGUAGCUCAGAAGGGUCUUUAGGCGGGGACGACGACGACAGAGGUGGAGAAAUGGACAAAUACAUGCGUUUAUUGGGUUCCGAGCUGCAGAUGAAGAUGGAAAAGGACGAGAUAAAUGUGCAGAACGAUUGCAACGAUCCGAUCGAAGCUAAUUUGAUAGAGAGUGUAAAAGAAGAGGAAGGAGGAGCCGGACCAGCCGGUAACAUAAUCGGUGGUCCGGUGCGAAGGCUCAUGCACUUACAGCUUCAAUCACCGACGAAUUGCGUGCCUCCAGAUUUACAAAGCUAAUAUAUUUUUAGGAUCAUUCGCUUUCGUCACACCAUUAUUACCGUCGUAAACGCGGCUACUCAUAUUAACGCGAAGACUAUCAAAGUCUCCCUCCCGUUGCACAAUGCGUAACGCUAAAAAAAAAAAACGAAAACAAAAAACCAAUUUUACACCGCCCAAUCUAGGCGUGAAGGCACGCCCCAUUCCAGGAGUGUUCAGUAAAGAUUUACAGU